UCCAACGAGAGAAAACGGAUCAAAAUAAGAUAAGGCUGUGUGUGAGAUGACGUUCGCUUCACAUCAAUAUUUUCAUAGUUUUUGCAUACUUUGACUCAUUUUACAAUGAGCAAGAGGUCUGCAACGUACAAGAAGAGGCAAGAGAUGGCAGCUAUGGCCAGGGAAGCCAAGAGGAGGACGAAAGACGUUGACCAGCCUGGAGAAGCAUUGUCCCAUUGGCCAGUGUCACCACCACCACCACCACCACAUAGAGAUUACUGUCUCUUGCUAUUCGCCAGAAAUUACUUGCUAACUUAUGUUUGACACUGUUAAAUUCCAGUCAGUUUUGCCACAUUUCCACCCAUUCCUGUUAGUUUUUCCUCUAUUCCAAGUCCAUUCUAGUCUUGCUUCCCUCUAUUUCCAGUCUGCUUAGCCCCAUUCCAGCCCCAUCUAGGCCCACUCCAGUACCCCCCGAUUUUUCCCCAUCUCAGCCCAUCACUGCUACAGCCACCUUUAAAAAACUGAUCCAAACACCCCUUUAACUGCCCUCACCCACCCUCACACACCCCUCAACACACACACACACACAUGCACACACACACACACAAAUACCCAUAAACACACCUAAAAUAUUUUAAAACACAGAAAAAACACUAAAUACACAUCUAAACACACCUAAGACAGCUUCAGACACACUCAAAACACACCCAAACACCCCAAAACACCACAUAACUUACCCAGACACCCCCAAACACCCCAAAACACCCCACCAUGCCUCUCUCAAUCACCAGUCACCACCACCUCAGCCUCACCAUCAACAUGUACAGCAAGGAAGGCGCAGGGGACUCGGGCCCUGACAGACACCACACUGGGGACUACCUGGCACCCUUAGCUUCUGUAGAUCUGUCCCGUGUCAACACCCCUGGCGGAUCACCCUCCCCAUGACCCGGCCAUCACCCCGCCCUUGAGGACCCCAAUUGGGAGCCCCCGGAGGACCAAGGGAUGUUGCUGAGGUCACACCUGAUUCCGGAAUCUUGACACCCCUUCAAGAUUCCGAGCCGUUUAAUGAAGGGCCGCCCGACAGGUACUGCCUUGUGUUCCUGACCUUAGUUGUGCACAGAGUCUGAACACUGAUGCCUCGGAAUAUGUUCAUCACUGCCAAGAACUUGCCAUUGGGAUCUACCAGAACACAGUGUAUGGGAUGGCUGCCCAUCUCCCAUUUAGCUACACGGUGGCGGUGGUGCUGGACUCGACACACUUCAGUCACAAGAUGAAUGCAGUCAGCUACAGCAUGACAUAGACAAGCUAUAGACAGUUGAGAGAGGAAGAAGUCAGUGGCACCCUCACCUCAGACAAGACAAAGCUAACAAUUGAUAAUGAAAGCGGUGCCUGAGAAGCGAUGCCUUCACCCACGCUGUGUUCACCACGAUGGAGGAGUGCCCACACUUCCAGGACCUUACUGUUAAGAGGUUCCUGAAGACCCUACUUGAGGACAACCGCCGAGACAUUCUCUCCAAGCUGGAGAAGUUUGUGCGCCCGAAGCCAAGGAAUGAUGCUGCUAAGACCUUCACUGUCUAUCCAGAGGGAUUCGCAGGUGCUGGUGGUGGAAUCUUGCUUGGACAGUGUGGAUGGCAAGCAGUCAGGGUUCCAGUCAAAGGUGGUGGUGAUCCAUGCCCAGGACACCAGGGAGGAUGCACUGCAGCUUGCAUCUCAGCUGAGGAAUCCCAUGGAGGGCAACAGAUUGUAUGUGUUGCUUCUGCAAGAGUCUAAGAAGAACACAAGUUAAGAGCAGCCUGAGGUGUGAUCCAUGGAACAGCAUCCACAAGUGGUUCAUCAAGGUUGACGCUGUGCUGUCGGUACUGUCGCCUCAGCUUCUGCGUCAGAUUCAGAACAGAGACUUCAGCAGAGAGAUUCAGAACAGAGACUUCAGCAGAGAGAGUGAGUGGGAGAAACGCUACAACCGCUUUGCCCACUCGAUGAUGCUAGACCAGCAUGUGGAGUACGGGAGCAAGAAUGGGUUCUGCCGUGCCGUUUGUCCUGCCAGAUUCCCGGAGGAGCGGUGCCAGAGAAGCGAUGCCUUCACCCACGCUGUGUUCACCACAAUGGAGGAGUGCCCACACUUCCAGGACCUUACUGUUAAGAGGUUCCUGAAGACCCUACUUGAGCACAACCGCCGAGACAUUCUCUCCAAGCCGGAGAAGUUUGUGCGCCUGAAGCCAGGGAGUGAUGCUGCUAAGACCUUCACUCUGUCUAUCCAGAGGGAUCCGCAGGUGCUGGUGGUGGAAUCUUGCUUGGACAGUGUGAUGGCAAGCAGUCAGGGUUCCAGUCAAAGGUGGUGGUGAUCCAUGCCCAGGACACCAGGGAGGAUGCACUGCAGCUUGCAUCUCAGCUGAGGAAUCCCAUGGAGGGCAACAGAUUGUAUGUGUGGCUUCUGCAAGAGUCUAAGAAGAACACACAAGUUAAGAGCAGCCUGAGGUGUGAUCCAUGGAACAGCAUCCACAAGUGGUUCAUCAA